UGGAUUCCAUUUAUAGUAAAUGGUCAUAUAGAUGAUUGUACAGCCAAAAAGUAUGAAGACCAUUCCAAACAAAUUAGAAAUUAUGAGAGCAUUGGCUAAUUUAAGAGUUUUAAAGUCAUUUUCACUUAAAUUAUAUUCAGAUGGACAAGUAUUUUGAUCAUUUAGUCCAUUAAUAUAAAUUUGUUGUUCAUUUGAAUCCAAAUCUGUUUUAGUUUGAGAGUCUAGG